AUGGCCAACACGGACGAAAGGCAAUUUCAUUCGGCAGAAGAUUUAUCGUCCGAUCACAUGCCUGUUCUCAAAGCAAACGACAAGGUGCUGCUCGUGGUCAUGCUUACCGAUUUCACGGAGCAGAAGGGGAAAGAACUCGUGGAUUUCUUGGAGACUGAGCCCGGGCUCAUCCAAGCUGGUCUCAAAGUCCAAACAUGGGCUCCGUCUAAACGUCUUCUCAGUUCAAUUGCUGUACAGGGUCCACAUCGAGACAGUCUGGCUACUGUUCAUGCUCUUGCCAUGCUAGCCUACCGAUCCGGGCUAGAGUUCUUAUUUCGCACGAGCUUCGUUGUUGCUGAUGACCUCACCAAACGUUGCUGGGAUAAUACCCAUCGAGUCGGUGAGCGGGCCAAGCUUUCACUUCUUAUGGUCAGUGUUCAGCCAGAGAAUACUCAUAAGACACCAGCCCCUAUUUCUUUAUCUCCGCCUGGUGCUCGUGUAGUCGUCUCUCGCUUCUCUGAUACAUCAGACAGCUCUAAUGAAGAAUGGUAUGAUGACUUCGUUGCUUGCGCUAGCUGCGACUCCUCAUCUGACGAUUACUUGAUUCGUGAUUACAAGGGUACAAACGACCCGUGGACUGUCAGACAGUACGAAUACGGUUUAUUGCCAUUCAUUUUGGAGAAGUUUCAUUGGGAAGAUUACGAUGUUUUCUUUCAAGAUGUUCUUCGUUCCGAUUAUCACUGCAGAAUUAGGCAACAGCACCACUUGCUUAACCCCAGAGCUCAGCGGUCUUACUCUAUCGCUUACCAUUGCAUGUAUCUUCUUGAUCCUGAUCAAGAGAUGUUCGCCACCGAACGCCCCCAUUUUUCAACAAGGAAGCAAUAUCUGAAGGCUGCAUGGUCAGCGCUUUCCUUUCGUCUCCCACCAGAGUUGGCGACUGAGAUAAUCUCUCUAGCUGACCUGGUUCCAUCCUUCCGAGCACCUCUAUGGAGACGCCGACAAAGUCAGGAACAUUUACACUUAUUUGUAAUGUUUCCUACAACUGAGGAUGAGCUCCGUGAAGCCCAUUUGAUUAUCCAUGAUGCACUGCAAAUACAAUCACAAGAACAAGAGGAUGUUCCGAAAACAGCAGAGCUCAUCCCUCUUCACCGCCACGGUAUGAGAACCCGCCGCGAUGUGGUGGUAUUCUGGGAGAAUUAUCGGAUGCACGAACCAGAUGAAAGAUGCAUCGAUCCACUUUUGAAUCUUAUGCUGAGCCCCAUUGAAAAGAAAGCCAUCAACUUGUCCCACUUUGCCAUUGUUCAUUCCGGUGGUGUGAAGCCUGUAGUUGCUUUGAGAACUACACUCGACACGCUGUGCUGUGUAUCCACAUCUAGUCUGCAUCGUCUUCUUGCUCGCGAUUAUGACAAGUACAAUAUUGAUCACGUUGAAGCAGCAUACAAUCCAGACCAGCCAUAUUAUUACAAUCCACCAAUCUGGGAGGCAGUGAGUAAUUCAUAUACAGAUCAAUACCUCCUUGACUAUGACUGGAUCCCGGUGUUCUACCUCACUAAGCAUCUGACGGAUUCGGAGGAUCUGGUACUCCGCAAGGAAAUCUAUAAAGUGGAUGGACAGGACAGGUAUGGUAUCGGUCCCGAGGCUGCUCUGGACUACGAUACCGAGCAACGAAAGGAUGUCUGUUUCGUCCCCUGGGAGCACAAUGAAGAUGGAACUCUGGAUGACAUUUGGAACAUCGUUCUCAAGAUUUACAAAUACGAAGGUUUCAGUCGCCGGUUUCAGCGCUUCUUUUGCCUCGACCGACAGUCUGUGGAGGAUCAAAAGCUCAUUGUCGUUGAGCCCGACUUCUAUCUUGCCGGAAGAAAAGUCCAAGAUGAAGGUAGAUUAUUACAGGGCAUGGUUGCGCCUACACUAGCAGGGUUCCGUUGCAACCGUGUUCCAUGUGUAGAAGCCCAUGAUGUCAAGAUUGAACUUGAUUCAUGUGUUCGAACUAUUGAAGAUGUCCACGGCGCGCUUUCCGAUGAAGGGCAGCACUUUAUUCGGCCCGGCUGGCCAGGCCCUGAAGUUCUUCUUCCCACACAUCCGUGGAGGCUGGCAUGGCCCGAGCCUAGUCAACCCGGUACUAUCCCUGUGUGGGAUAUAUUCGGUUCUCAUCUACAUGCAGUCAACGACGAAAAUGAAGAGAGCGGAGAAGAGUAG